CAGUCACAGUUCACCGGUUGCUUUCCAACAAUUAACAGCUCCUCCAGCGCUCUCCAGUGUGUGUGAGGUAGUGUGUGUGAGUCUCAGAUAAAUAGACGUGACUAGUAGAGUCCUGCAUUCAGUGUGGUGAGAACCCGGAAGCAGUACGGAAGCUAAUAGAGCAGAAGUGAAGAUGAAGCAGUUUGUCGUGUUGUUCGCCGUUUUGGCCGUUGCGGCUGCCGCCCCCUCGGAAACCGAUGGAUUAUUGUCCAGCGCACUCAAAUUCGUCAAGGACUGCGGCGACAAGUCGAUGGUGCUAUGCGUCAAGGAACGUGCCCUCCAGUACGUCGACAAUGUGCAGGGCAACAUCGAGGUCACCGAAGGCAUCACCCUGGUCGAGACUGAGAAGCCCACCACCGGACGCUCCCUGAACGAGGUUGACCUGCCCGCCGAGCCGGAGGCCCGCGAGUCCGAGAUCGACAGCCUGCUCGUUGACCGCGCCGCCCGUUUCCUCGGAUCGCACACCCUCCAGUUCUCCGUGCCCAAGGAGUCGAUCGCCGACAUGCAGCGCUCCCUGGAUGAGGCCCGCGGCAAGAAGAAGAAGGUCAAGAAGCUGCUCCUGCCCCUGCUGCUGCUGUUCAAGCUGAAGGCCGCCGCCCUCCUGCCCCUGGCCAUCGGAUUCCUCGCCCUGAUCGCGUUCAAGGCUCUGAUCGUCGGCAAGAUCGCCCUCAUCCUGUCCGCCAUCAUCGGCCUCAAGAAGCUGUUCGACAAGAAGCCCGAGCAGAGCUACGAAGUGGUCGCCCACCCGCACUACUCGCACUCGACCUCGUUCGACGACCACCACGGAUACGCUCGCUCCCUGGACGCCCAGAACCUGGCCUACGCCGCUCACACCCAGUAAGCUUGCCAUAAACAUGCUGUAGCGCGAUGCGACCACUCCCAGUAACGUGGGGGGGCUGGGCCCAGCCUGGCCCACCUUUUCCAAACCUUCAUCCCCCCUCAACUGUCUGUCUGUGGACACUCUCGUCCAAUUCUUCUUGAUUUCGCGGAGCAACCGCCCCGACACAGGACACGGGCGCCCUCCGUGAAAGCGGCUGGGGCGCUUAGUGAAGACCACAACCACGUUUAGUUAAGUAGGUUACAAUUCGCGGUCAUCCUAACCUUCCCCCUCUCUUACAAGUGGUCCUGCCCCACUCUUUUCAAAACCUUCGGGCGGAAACCAUCUUUCUACCACAAAAACCCAACCACAACCACUCUUAGAUUAAUUAAUUUAUUUGCGAUGAGAAGAUAAACGCGUAUUUAAUAAUUUAUUACUUUUUGCUCGAGAAUAUUUAUUAGUUUAUUUGUUUUUAAAACUAGCGUAUUUUUUUCUCUUUCUCGAACUGUUCUCGACUUUUUUUUCUCUCACACACGCUCUCAAAACCUGUGUCUCAGCUGUGACUUGUCUGUACGAGGGGGCGUAACGCCCCCCCCCCUCGCUUAACUUUCACCAAACACCAAAUAAUGCUCACUAAACACCGCUCACUCACUCACGGUAGUAAACGAAUUUAAAAAAGUUCUACUUGGGAAAAAAAGUUCAGUCGAUGGCAGUCUUUGAGAAAAACCAGCAAGAAAAAACACCCCCUCGAAAAUACGUAAAGUUCAAAAUAGUUAAAAUAGGAUCUAAUAUGCCAAAAACUACGCCCCUGCAAACCCCCCUCUUACUGCAAAUCGAAGUAGCUCAAAACAAGACUGUACUGACACCUGACACACCUGGGUUGGAUCGCGCCCGUUAGGUUCCGUUUUUGGCGGGCAUAACCCCAAAAAAAUCGUAGCUGGCAGCGCGCGAUUCCGCGAUUUCGCAACAGGUGGUAGCACCUACUGCGAGUCGAGCCCACCCUUCCGGGGACUGAUUAAGCAAGUUUCACGUGAAGAACGUUAAAGUUUAUAUUAAACUGUAGUAAAGUGACUUCUCUUGCUCCCUCUCUCUAAUCUACUCACUCAACUCUAACUCUGCGUGUAUCGAACGGGCUGGAAUUGCACCUCGAUUCCGGGCCUGAUUCGGAGCUUUACCAAAACCAACUCUCUCAAGAUAGAAUAACAAGGAACUUAACUUUCUACCUCGGCACUCUUUGCCGCCAACGCCGUUCCCCAACUCAGCUAAGGUAAUAAGACUUUUCAAACUUUCCCGUUUAAAUUUUCAAAUAACUGAAUUCUUCAUUCUAACUGUCGAACUCGUUCUCCCGAGUUUCCCACUCUUCCCGCGUUCCGCGGGCGUCUACGAAAGAAAAAAGCUACAACAUCUUAAAAACAAAUAACUAUUGCAAAAAAACCAGCCUUGUAAGAAUGAUCUGUUCUGUUAUUUAUUGUUUAAAUUAUUGAAAGAAAAGAAAAUACAAUCAACUCACAUCAAAAGAAUGAAAUAAAGAUGAAAAAUGAAAAAUUAAACGAAAAACAAA